UGAAAAAAAUAACACCGGAGCGUCUAGGCCAGCCAUUAAGUGAGAAGUGAAUCAGUGACCAACGGUCGGGAUGGAGCGGAGCACUCCCAACGUUCCAAUAUUCACUCUCAACGGUCACUAGACUUUGAAAAUACAAAAGGCCCAAUUAUUCAUCUCUCUCAGUCAGAAUUCAAGAACGGAGAAAGAAUCCAUUGAUCUCUUCCUUCCUCGGGAAAUUUUCGAAACCCAUAGGAGAGAAAAUGAGUUCUCUGCAAUACCCACAAGGGUUAACCCCCUCAGAUGUCCAGAUAUGGAACAACGCAGCGUUCGACCAUGGCGGUUCUGAAGAACUGGGGCGUUCUUGGUCUCCAAAGAACCCCCUUUUGGUGAAGAAGAUUGCAGAGUCCUUCGGAUCUGUUUCCACCAAUGAGAAGGAGAAUCGGAGUCCUCUUCUUGAGAACUCGAUUUGCCCCAAAUCUCCCAGACGCGCAGUCAAGCCUCUUUACCCAAACGGAGCUCUGGAAAGUGCGAAAUUCGUGUCUGGGGUUGGGAAUUUCAAAUCUGGCUCUGUUAAUAAUGCAGAGGUAGGGAUUCGGGAUGAGAAGAUGAUUGACAAAGAGAUCGAGGAGAUUGAGAAGGAAAUCAGUUUGUUGUCUUCAAGAUUACAGGCUCUGAGGACGGAGAAAGCUGAGAAAUCUGUCAAGAAUGUGGAAAAGCGAGGAAGGGUUGUGACUGCAAAGUUCUUGGAGCCCAAACAGAUCCUCAAGAAUGCCGAUGAGAGGAAAAAGACUGAGGAGAGAUCGAAAAUUCAGAGGAGGGGACUCAGUUUGGGGCCAUGUGAGAUUCUUUCUGCUGUCAAAUCGCCUCUUCUUGGCAAGCAAGGGAUGAUUACCCCAAUUCAACCCAUACAGAGCAGAAGAAAAUCAUGUUUCUGGAAGCUUCAAGAAACUGAUGAAGAGAACCAGAGAAAGACUGUGGGGAAACCCAUCCCUUCGAGGCAGGCAGUGACUACGCUUCCAUCAAAGAAAACUGUGAAGAAAGAUGAAGUCUUCUUGCAAUCUGUCCAACCCAAGAAGCUGUUUGAGAAGUCUGCACCUGCUGCCAACAAGAAAUGCCAAAGGGCAGGGAGGAUCGUCCCUAGCCGCUAUAAUCUGAGCCCAUCAACGCAGAGGAAGAGAUCUUUUCCACCAGAAGACGACAAGGACGAAAGCAAGAGAUGCGACAAGAAACGGUCUUUGUCGCUUGGAAAAGUGCUUCUGGAGAUGGUGAAGAAUCCCGGAGCUGAAAUCCGGGUGAAAAAGAGAUGGGAGAUUCCUGAGGAGAUUGUGUUGCAUAAGGGAUCAGAAGAAGGACCCGAGAGAUCCGCGGAAAAGACUUGUGUAGUCAUGCCUGAUAAAUCGCUGCUGCUUCCGAGAAUCAAUACCAAUCGGUGUGUGAAAGAGAGUCCCAGGGAUUCUGGACCUGCCAAAAGAGUGGCUGAAUUGGCAGGAAGGAAAUCAUUCUUCAGCAAUGUGAAUGAAGAAGAAGAUGAUGAUUUGGAAGAGGGGGAGAGAGUGAUCUGUCAAGCUUUGCAAUUUGCAGAUGAUGAUUAGGAAGAGGUACAAGUAAAAUGAAAAUGGUUGUUUUCAUAUUGUUUUCUGUUUUUUGUUACUUUCAGAGGCAUCAUACUUGAGCUUCUUUGGCUAUACAGUUGCUUACACAUUGUAUGCUGAGUUCAAAUAAGUGUUGUAUUAUUGCUACUCUCUGCUUAUAGUGCAUACUUUUCAUUGUUAAAGAAAGGAAGCUCCAUUUU